CUAUUCCACAGAAUGAACCGCACCGACACUCCCAAGGACGCACUGUUCGUCGGCGCUGACGUGUCUGGCGCGCAGCCGGGCAUCGCGAGCCUUAGUGCUGACGGUGGCAUGCCGGAGCCUGCGCGUGCUAAGCCUAUCAUGGAGCCGGCUUCAGAGGAUGCUGGCGACACCACGGAGGACACGGACUGGAAGGGCGGCGAGGCCCACGCCGACGUCCAGCCUCACAAGGCGAAGAAGCAAGUUGGCGAGCGUACCGGUAUGGGGCCGGCGCUGUUCUAAGAAAUACGAGAAGCAAAAGGCAUAUCAGAAGCAUCUAGAGAAAGGAAUGAAUCUCCUGACGUUCACGAGGAAACGUGAGAACUGCUUCUACUCGCUUUGAGCGUACAGUGUAACGCGCAGUUGUGGCAGAUGAUUAUGGUGCGACGCCCUUUGUCAAGAUGACCUCGGGCACGAAAUCAGUACGGGCGACGGCGCGCUUCGGCCUGGCGCCACGUGCGUCGCGGUUGGCCGAAAUGACAGCGCCAAUGUCGGGCAUCGAGGGGAGGUGGACUUGACAUUAUGCCGCCUCACCGUCCGCGUCCAUUGCUUCUAGCUGGAGUGCGUUUAGGACCAUCUGCGCCUGCCUCUGCCCAGUGAUGUAUGGCCCAUGCGCCGUCGCCUGUAUGUCAGCGUUGCCUUCUGUCACUUACAUAGUGGUCCGGAUCUGUUGCCUCCCCAGCAAACAGAAGCCUGUCUCCCCAAAGCGGGCGGGCGAGUUCGCGGAAGUCUUGUGGGUCG